CACGCAGUAAGCCCAAGCUUCAUAAACGAGCUGCUGCCGCUGUGGUGUCUCAGUGUUUCCACUGAUUCCACAUCAGUGAAGCAGCUCAGAGAAGAUGGCACUGGCCGACACAGAGCGCGGAGUGUCCAGUUGCGGGGAUUCGGGCGCCCAGUUUUCCGAGAUCAUCGAGCUGAAUGUCGGCGGACAGGUUUAUGUCACCAGACACAAAACUCUGAUCGCCGUCCCAGACUCACUCUUGUGGAACAUGUUCAGCAAGAAGUCACCCAAGGAGUUGGCGAGAGACAGCAAAGGGCGCUUCUUCUUGGACAGGGAUGGGUUCUUGUUCCGCUACAUCCUCGACUAUCUCCGAGACCUCAACUUGGUCCUCCCGGACUACUUCCCCGAGAAAAGUCGGCUGCAGAGGGAGGCUGACUUUUUCCAGCUGCGGGACCUCGCAAAACGCCUCAGUCCCCGGGUGAGUAAAGAGAAUUCAAUUAGUGAGGAGAUCAGCCAGAGCGACACUGAAGACGGCGGGCAGCAGUGCGGCUCCUCCGGCGGCUUGGAGACUUUACGCACCAUGUCUGUCAGCGGGGCCAUGCGCUCCCCGUCUCUGGACUCCAGAAAGUCUGGCUACAUCACGAUAGGAUACCGCGGCUCGUACACUAUUGGCAGAGACAUCCAAACCGAUGCCAAGUUCAGGAGAGUGGCGCGCAUCACAGUUUGCGGUAAGACCUCUCUGGCCAAAGAAGUGUUUGGGGACACGCUGAAUGAGAGCAGAGACCCGGACAGGCCCCCUGAGAGAUACACAUCCCGGUACUAUCUCAAGUAUAAUUUUCUAGAGCAGGCAUUUGACAAGCUGACAGAAGCGGGCUUUCACAUGGUAGCCUGCAGCUCCACAGGGACCUGUGCCUACACCAGCAACGAUCCCAAUGAGGACAAAAUUUGGACAAGCUACACUGAAUACGUUUUCUGUCGGGAAUAACCAACACCAUACGCACCACGUCCGUGUAAAUAUCCCAACAUUUCACACCACAGAGGAAUGUCUUCGACGAGUUGUCAUUUUCUGUGCUGAAUGGUGACUUUUAUUAAGGAGUGACUGUAACAUAUUGCUCCAUUAUUGCCAGAAAUUAGACACAAAAUGGUCCCUCCCCCCCCAAAAAAUUAUUUUACACACAAGAUUUUGUCAAGAUGGCUUGAAAAGAUGAUGCUGUUCGGAGGUUCAAAGUGAGCAAAACUCAAAGCACUGCAAACAUCAUCUCCAUCUCAUAGAACUGCAUGUCAAUGUUUCAGUCAUGUCUGACUCAGUGCUGUGUGAAUUGAGUGGCAUCCAGGAACAGACCAGCAGCAAUUAGUAUUCAGUGUCAUUGUGACUUCUAGGCUUGCUCGAGCACUUGUUUGGCCAAGUUUUGUAUUAUCUAAUAGGCUCUUAUAGCAGUUCUAUCACUGACACGAUUGUAAGUGUAUGUGAAGUGUUGAUAGAGUUGUAUUUGUUAUAAACUUACUCAUUACAAAUAAAGUCUUCUAACUCUG